AUGCGCUGCGAUACCGUUCUCAUUCCGCCCUAUGGCUUCACCGCAAUACAGUUCGAGCUCGACAACCCCGGUGUCUGGCCUUUCCACUAUCACCUCGCCUGGCACCUGAGCGGCGGUCACGGCAUGAACAUCGCCUACAAAUACGACGAGAUUCUCCCGAUACCUAACGGUCUUAUUGACGAGGCGUGUGUUGACUGGGACUGGUACUCUGAGAACAACGGGCCGGUCGACCAGAUUGACUCUGGAGCGUGA